ACACAGGCCAGGGUGAAGCAGGACAGGAUAUGGAUUUACUCAUGCAAAGACAUUUCAACAGGUUAAUACUGUAGCUAGGUCUUAGUGGAAAAAAAUAAAAUGCAAAUAGGAGCAUGUGAUAGCAAUACUCGGUGAGCGGUACUUGCAUUUAUAUCCCCCAGAAGACAGGGGGUUCGUUCUGGUGAUUUAUUCCUUGUAGCUAUAGAGCUAUUUGUUGAGAAUUAACUUGCUUCUACUUAUAUUGCAGCAUCAGGCACGAUCUGGUUGGUUACUGUGGUCUCAACGGGGAAGGCUCUUUACAAACCCAAAGUCUUUAGGAAGUCUGUGCUCUACAGAGCUUUACACAACUUGCUUGUUAGAAAAGACAAUAAAGGAAAGGAAAACAAAAACAAAACAGGUUUUCAGGACCUAAAGCUAUCUGGAAGCUUGAGAGAAGUUCAGGGUGAAGGAGCACAGCAUGGUCUCAUCCCCUAAACUCCUCACAUCACUCCCAGAGACUCUACUUGGCAUAUGGGUUUUAGAACCUGGCACAGGGACUCGUCCUUAUGUUUUCCCCUUUCCUUCAUACACUUUAAUUUAAGCCUUUAAAAGAAAUUUCUCCUUAUCCUGAACUGCCUUCCCCCUACCACGUGCCUGUUCACUUACGAUUAAAGCUCUACCACUGGGAAAAUUAAGAUGGGUUUCGGUACCCAAUGGGAGGAAAAUGUCAGAACAGCACCUACACUGUUUGUGUCACCAAACACAGCUCCUCUGGGCCAAAAUUCAAAUAUUGAAGACUGGCACUGAUCCCAGGUAAGGGCAUAUCUGCCACAUUUACAUUCCUGCACCUGCGCUGCUCUGAAGAGGAGAAGCACCAAGAUCUUCCCCCCCCCCACCAGCUCUAUAAAACUCCUCUUCCCAGACGUGAUGUUCAGGGAACAGCAUCUGCCAAUCUAUGCUGAGCAUCGGCACAGCAGCCUGCAUGUCCACCACCCGUCGUGCAGGAUGGAAGCUUCCCACUCGCAGCAGCAAUUUAAUGCCACUUCAUACGAUAUCACCGUUAUGGUCGUCAUCACACUUCAGGCUUUUGCUGGCAUGUGGAUCAAUGCUUUCAUUGUGGCUGUGUCUUGCCUUACCUGGGUUAAAAAGAAAAGCUUUAACUCCAGUGAGAAGAUCUUGCUGUUUCUGGGAUGUUCCAGGUUUUGGUUUUUGUGUGUGAUAUGGGCAUAUACCAUUACUUCCAUGAUUUUUCACUGGCAAACUUUUAUCAGUGGGGUGACCCCAAUAUUUUCACUUCUUUUGUGCUUUUCUAAUUCUUCCAACUUAUGGGCUUCUGCCUGCCUGUAUGUUUUUUAUUGUGUAAAAAUAGCAAACUUCAGACACAUCUUCUUCAUCUACCUGAAAGUAAAAAUUGACAGGAUUGUGCCAUGGCUGCUCUUGGCUUCAGUGGUUUUGUCCCUGGUCAUGUGUGGCCCCAUCAUAAACAUUACUGAUGAACUAAGGGGUAGCAACCUCAGUUCCAGCUCCCCUGGAUAUGCCACAAAAGUGAAUGAGGAAAUGAGCAAACAAUAUUCUCCUGUUUUGUAUAUCUGCAGCUUUGGGUUUUCCAUAGCAUUCAUGAUAGUCAUCUUCUCUGCCCUUCUCCUCCUCUUUUCUCUCUGGAGACACAAGUGCAAGAUGCAGACAAGCUCAGCAAAGAACCUCAGCAUGGACUCCCACAUCAAAGCCAUGAAAUCUCUGCUGUCCUUCUUCAUAAUCUACAGCAUCAACUUCACAUGUUUGAUCUUGACAAUGAUUUAUACCAGUCGGGAGAAAAAUCCUAUGACGUUUCUCCUUUUAGUACUCCAGUAUGCUUUUCCCUCUGUUCAUUCCCUUAUCCUGAUUUUCAGCAGCCCCAAACUGGAAAAGAUAGUGCUGAGGAUUCUGCCCUGUGUGAAGCGCAAGCUUUGCAUGUGCUAGGAGCCCGGGAAAAAUUCUGACUUUUUCUGCUUAAAACCACGUCACUCAAUCUUUAAUGCAGUUCUCCAGCCAGUGCAGGUGAUUUCGAUGUGCUAUCUUCUCUAUCUAAAUUAAGAACAUUUCAUUAAAAUUCUUUGAAUUAAAUCAUUGUGAGUUAAAUAAAUUAUUAUUAUGUUCUCAUUUAACUAAUUCUUUGAGUUAAAUUACUGUCAAUAAAAUAAUUUAGAUCUGGUCUAUGGACUAGCUGUGAAAGGGGGACAACAGUAUAAGAGUACUGUGUACCUAAAAAUGCUUCUGCAUUUGCUGACUGAAACUACUUAGCUAAACUUAU